GGAGGAGGACAAUGGGGGCCCGUGGGCUUUCCCCCCAAGCCCUGCUGUGGCUCAACCUGUUCGGCUUCAUCUCUCUUGGGUCGCCUCUCAACCCGGACGACCCCAACGUGUGCAGCCACUGGGAGAGCUAUGCAGUGACCGUCCAGGAGUCCUACGCUCACCCCUUCGACCAGGUCUACUACACCCGCUGCACCGACAUCCUCAACUGGUUCAAAUGCACCAGACACAGGAUCAGCUAUAAGACGGCCUACAGGAGAGGAGUGAGGACGAUGUACAGGCGGCGAUCUCAGUGCUGCCCGGGUUUCUAUGAAAGUGGAGACCUGUGUGUCCCAGUUGAGACCCAGACUACGCUGCACGGGAAGUGCGUCAGAGCCGAAGUCCAGGUCUUUGAAGUCGUUGGCAUGGUCCUGAGAUGGGAAGGCUUCCAUGACUUCUCUUCUAUUCGAGGCAAUCUUAUACUGCGUCUCAGAGAUGACAGUCGAUUCAAGGCCUGGACUUUGUUGUCUGGGAGACGAGGCCUAGGAGUUUUGAACGGCAGUGGAGCUAUCCAGCUGUUGCCUUUAUCCUUCUCUAAGCCCUGUUCCAUUAUUCGCAGGAAUGAGAUGUCGUCGAUGGAUGGAGCCACUUUGUUAUCAUCCUUGGUCGAGUUUCUGGGCGUAGGGAGCAUCACGUGGGCCGUUCACCUGCUUGCGCACUUUGUGGACCGAAAUGAUGUCUCGCCCGAGGAGAAGCAUGAUGGGAGCGCUCGGAUCGAGCUCUGGGAUGAGGUGAGCCAGUGGUUGGAGGUGACGACUUUGGUGCAGCUAGUAAUGACUUCUGAAGAUGGUAUGGAGUCUUGCUCCCCGCCAUGCUCCAUAGAGGGGGAUGGCUCUUGGGUCCACGGUGCUGGUCCAGGGAAUGCUUUACGUUCCUCUAAAGGCUUUUCACGGAAAGCCCGGCACUUCCGGAGCUGUGAGAGUGACUUCUGGGGCCCCCACUGCAGUAACCGCUGUCAGUGCCGAAACGGUGCCAAAUGCAACCCGAUCACCGGAGCCUGUGUGUGCACCGACGGCUACCAGGGUUGGCGCUGCGAGGAGACUUGUGACCCCGAGUUCUACGGCAAAGACUGCAUGCUGGAGUGUCAUUGUCUCAACGGCGCCACCUGCCACCAUCAGACCGGAGAGUGCCUCUGUGCACCAGGAUACACCGGGGUUUUCUGUGAGGAGCCGUGUCCUCCAGGUAAACACGGCUCUCUGUGUGAGCAGCGUUGUCCCUGUCAGAACGGAGGAACCUGCCACCACGUGACGGGGGAAUGCUCCUGCCCCGCCGGAUGGGUGGGUCCCGUCUGUGCUCAGCCGUGCUCCUUCGGGUCGUUUGGGAUUAACUGUUCUCAGGAGUGCACCUGUCGAAACGGAGGCCUGUGUGAUCACAUCAGCGGUCAGUGUCAGUGCACCGCCGGAUACAUCGGAGAGAGAUGCCAGGAUGAGUGUCCGGUCGGCACUUACGGGCCGCAGUGCGCUCAUAAGUGCGACUGCCAGAACGGGGCCAAGUGUUACCAUAUCAACGGGGCCUGUCUGUGCAACGAGGGCUUCAAGGGUCCGAGCUGCCAGGACCGCUUCUGCCCCGCCGGCUUGUACGGACUCAUCUGUGAUAAAUACUGCCCCUGCAAGGAAGCUAACACACUCAGCUGUCACCCUUUAUCUGGAGAGUGCACCUGUGCAGCCGGCUGGACGGGGCUGUACUGCAACGAGACCUGUCCUGCAGGUUACUAUGGCGAGGGCUGCAGAGAGCUGUGUGCUUGCACCAACGGAGCCGACUGUGACGGCAUCACCGGAGCUUGUGUGUGCGCACCGGGAUACAUCGGCGACGACUGCUCCAUCAGCUGUCCUGCAGGCCUGUACGGGAUCAACUGCACCUCCUCGUGCUCCUGUCACAACGAGAUCUCCUGCUGGCACAUCGACGGCUUCUGUAUCUGCAGAGAAGGUUGGCAGGGAGUCGACUGCUCCAUCCCGUGCUCCAGCGGUACUUGGGGGCCGAGCUGCAACCAGACGUGUCAGUGUGCCAACGAGGCGGCCUGCGACCCGGCCAAUGGCACCUGCACCUGCUCGCCGGGCUGGAGGGACGAAUACUGCGACGUGCCGUGUCCCGAGGGAUCAUACGGACUGGACUGCAGAGAGAGAUGUGAUUGUGUCAACGCUGAUGGCUGCGAUCCAGUAACCGGCGUCUGUCGCUGUGUCGCAGGUUGGACAGGUGUGCAUUGCGACAGUGUGUGUGAGGAGGGACGCUGGGGACCAAACUGCUCCUACAGCUGCACCUGUGAGCACGGAGGUUCGUGCUCCCCUGAGGACGGCACCUGCGUGUGCGCUCCGGGCUACCGAGGCACCAACUGCAGGCGAAUAUGUUCGCCUGGUUUCUUCGGCCAUCGCUGCAGCCAGUCCUGUCCUCAGUGUAUCCAUAGCGACGGAGCUUGUCACCACGUCAGCGGUCACUGCGAGUGUCUCUCCGGCUUCUUCGGCUCUCUCUGCAACCAAGUGUGUCCCAGUGGAAAGUACGGUAAAGCCUGCGCUGAGUUGUGUUUGUGCACCAACAACGGAACAUGUAACCCCAUCGACGGCUCCUGUCAGUGUUACCCCGGAUGGAUCGGCGAGGACUGCUCCAAAUCGUGUCCUCAGGGCUCGUGGGGACCAGACUGCAUCCACACAUGUAACUGUCACAACGGAGCUCAGUGCAGCGCUACAGAUGGAGAGUGUAGCUGCAGCGCUGGAUGGACGGGACUCUACUGUACUCAGCGAUGUCCGACGGGUUUCUACGGCUCUCAGUGUGCAGAGGUGUGUCGCUGUCAGAACGGGGCGGACUGCGAUCACAUCAGCGGACAAUGCUCCUGCAGGACGGGCUUCAUCGGACAGAGCUGUGAACUCAAGUGUCCUGCAGGAACGUUUGGCUACGGCUGCCAGCAGCUGUGCGAGUGCAUGAACAACGCCACCUGCGACUACGUGACGGGAACUUGUUACUGCAGCAUCGGCUUCAAAGGCAUCCGCUGUGACCAGGCCGCUCUGAUGAUGGAGGAGUUGAACCCGUACACAAAGAUCAGCCCAGCGUUGGCGUCGGAGCGUCAGUCAGCGGGCGCCGUGCUGGGCAUCGUCUUCCUGCUGCUGCUCAUCAUGACCAUGCUCGGCCUGGUCGUCUGGUUCCGCUACCGGCAGCGAGAGAAAGGUCACCACGUUCCCAACGUCACGUACACGCCCGCCAUGCACAUCAACUCCACCGACUACUCGCUCUCAGCAGGGCUGCAGUGCACAGGUCUGCUCUCCUCUGCAGAGUCCUCUCCCAGUAACAGCUCCGUAGGCCGCUGCUUCUCCAACCCCAGCUACUGCACCCUGGGGCCCUGCACCUACGCCGCUCACUACGCCAAGCCGGACAAGAGGAGCUCCGCCAAGAUGAAGAUGAAGAAGCGACACAGGAACAGCGCUCCAGAGUGGGGGGCUUACUGUAACCUCGGUGAGCUCGGUGUUUACCGCAUCGACCGGCGUUACAGCUACCACGUGGAGCCGCGCUACAGAGACUACAUGAAGGGCUCCCUGUCCAGCACCUGCUCCCUCAACAGUGAAAACCCAUACGCCACCAUCAACGACCCACCCGCUAUGGCCUGCAAACACCUGGAGAGCAGCUACGUGGAGAUGAAAUCACCGGCUCACCACGAACACAUGACUCACUGCUGCUCCGCUGCUGCUAUCAUCACCACCACCACCACCACCACAGCCAGCACUGCGGCCACCAAGAAUGUUUAUGACAUGGAACCGACCAUCAGUAUCGUCCAGGGUGCUGGCGGUGGCGUGGUGGUUCCCAGUUACCCUCAGAACCCGUACGACCUGCCCAGGAACAGCCACAUCCCGAGCCACUACGACCUGCUGCCCGUUCGCCCGAGUCCGUCUCACAGCCACAGCCUCACCUUCCACAGCCACAGCCCCCCGCUGCCCGGCAGCCCCACCAGCUCUCUGCUCUAG